CAGCACUAAUUCGUGAGCGUCGUAAGCCAUUGGUCUUUGGCAGUGACCGUUGCUUCGUGAUUUCCCUUUCAUAGACGGACCAUUCCUUCUUGGAAUGUACUUCUCUUGCUGAGUUCUCUGCUGGCUUUCACGUGUCUCCCCGUUUCUGAAUCGUACUAGCUCGCUUCUGUUUCUUCUUUGAAUUAUCGGAGCUACCUCGACUCACUUAGUUCCAGCCGCGGAUUCCGCCCCCAAUCACAAGUAGCCCAUCCCACAAGAAAGAAGAACACCACCUCCUCUGAAAGGGAAUGAAGAAGCUGGGGUUUUACUAAAGUUGAAAGUCUAGACUGUUGACAGAAAGGAAGCAUUUUUUUCCUGCACCUAACAUAUGUACAAAUAAGUGAAAAACUGUAGAGGACGUGUAUUCAGGUGUUCAAAGAUGACGGUCACGCCUAGGAUCUCCGUUAACGAUGGGAACUUGGUUGUUCAUGGGAAGACUAUACUGACAGGAGUACCAGAUAACAUUAUCCUCACCCCAGGAUCUGGAGUGGGACUUGUUGCUGGUGCAUUUCUUGGUGCCACAGCUUCCCACAGCAAAAGUCUCCAUGUCUUCCCCAUGGGUAUUUUAGAGGGCCUUCGGUUCAUGUGUUGUUUCCGGUUCAAGUUAUGGUGGAUGACUCAGAGAAUGGGAACCUGCGGGAGAGAUAUCCCUUUGGAGACCCAAUUCAUGCUUAUAGAGAGCAAAAAUGACGGAGGUGCUGAUUUGGAGAAUUCUCAAACCAUCUACACUGUCUUGCUUCCUCUGCUGGAAGGCCCGUUCCGUGCUGUUCUACAAGGGAAUGACAAAAACGAAAUAGAGAUUUGUCUUGAGAGUGGAGACAAUGCUGUUGAGACGAAUCAAGGUCUUCACUUGGUCUACAUGCAUGCUGGGACAAACCCUUUUGAAGUCAUUAACCAAGCCGUCAAGGCUCUAGAAAAACACAUGAAAACAUUCCUUCAUCGUGAGAAGAAGAGAUUGCCAUCUUUUCUUGACUGGUUUGGCUGGUGCACAUGGGAUGCUUUCUAUACUGAUGUCACGGCAGAGGGUGUUAAGGAAGGCCUCAAGAGCUUAUCAGAGGGCGGCACACCUCCACGCUUCCUUAUCAUAGACGAUGGUUGGCAACAAAUUGAAAGUAAACCAAGGGAUGCUGAUUGUGUCGUACAAGAAGGAGCACAGUUUGCCAGUAGGUUAACUGGUAUAAAAGAGAACACUAAAUUUCAGAAGAAUGGACAGAAUAAUGAACAGAGCUCAGGCCUGAAGCAUGUGGUGGAUGAAGCGAAGCAACAUCACAAUGUGAAAUAUGUAUAUGUAUGGCAUGCUCUAGUUGGUUAUUGGGGUGGAGUGAAGCCAGCAGCCAGCGGCAUGGAACAUUAUGACACUGCUUUAGCAUACCCAGUACAGUCCCCUGGCGUACUAGGAAACCAGCCAGACAUUGUCAUCGACAGCUUGGCUGUACAUGGCUUGGGUCUAGUGCAUCCCAAGAAUGUUUUCAACUUCUACAAUGAGCUCCAUGCUUACUUAGCUUCGUGUGGAGUAGAUGGAGUAAAAGUUGAUGUUCAGAACAUUAUUGAAACCCUUGGGUCUGGACAUGGUGGCAGAGUCUCACUCACACGCAGCUAUCAUCAGGCCCUUGAGGCCUCCGUGUCUCGCAACUUUCCUGACAAUGGAUGUAUCGCAUGUAUGUGUCAUAACACCGAUGGGCUCUAUAGCGCUAAGCAGACUGCUGUUGUGAGAGCGUCUGACGACUUUUACCCACGCGAUCCUGCUUCCCACACAAUCCAUAUAUCAUCCGUAGCAUACAACACGCUAUUCCUUGGAGAAUUCAUGCAGCCUGACUGGGAUAUGUUCCAGAGUUUACACCCAGCGGCAGAGUACCAUGCUGCAGCUCGUGCAGUUGGUGGAGGCGCAAUUUAUGUUAGUGACAAGCCAGGCAACCACAAUUUUGAGCUUCUCAAGAAGCUGGUUCUACCUGAUGGAUCAAUUCUCCGUGCUCAACUACCAGGAAGGCCCACUCGCGAUUCUCUCUUCACUGAUCCAGCUAGGGACGGGACUAGCUUGCUCAAAAUAUGGAACUUAAACAAAUGCUCUGGAGUGGUUGGGGUAUUCAACUGUCAAGGUGCUGGGUGGUGCAAGAUAGAGAAGAAGACCCGGAUCCACAAUGCAUCUCCAGGCACACUCACUUGCUCUGUUCGUGCCUCCGAUGUUGACCUCAUCACUCAAGUGGCUGGUGUUGAUUGGGAUGGCGACGCCAUUGUUUAUUCGUACAAAUCAGGUGAGGUGAUUAGGCUGCCUAAAGAUGCCUCGGUGCCAGUGACGCUGCAAGUUUUGGAUUACGAACUUUUCCAUUUCUGUCCAGUGAAGAAAAUUCCUCCAAGUAUAUCGUUUGCAGCAAUAGGGCUACUGGGCAUGUUCAACACCGGAGGAGCCGUAGAGCAGGUUGAAAUCCACAAAGCAAGUGACAAAGAAGAACUAUUCGAUGGCGAGGUUGAAUCUGAGCUGACCACUUCUCUCAGUUCAAGCCGAUCAGCAACGGCAAAUAUUACCCUCCGAGUGAGAGGAAGUGGCAGAUUUGGAGUGUACUCCUCCCAGCGCCCCUUGAAGUGUGUAGUGGGUGAGGUUGAAACCGAUUUCGAGUAUGACUCGGCCACCGGUUUGGCUACCUUCAGUAUUCCUCUUAUUUCAAAGGAAUUGCACAGAUGGCCCAUAGAAAUUCAAAUUUGAGACGUUUACGUUUAGCAAUUGAAGAGUGUGUUGUCAGGUCGGACAAAGGAGAGGUUUUUUUUUUUUUUUUAAAAAAAAUAACAUCAAUGGAGGUAUGAGGAGAGCGGGUUGGUUUGGUGUAAUGAGAUGUCACAGCAAGUGUUUUUAGUGCUUAUUAUAGCAGAAUGAUGAGUAGCUGUUUCACCUAUGCAGUCUAGAUGUAACAAGGCCGUGUGGUUUCUGUCGAAUAAAGGUUCUCACUUUCUUCUU